CCCACCUCUCCUAUCUACUACUUCUACUUCUAUUAAUCCCCCCUUUCCCCAAAACUCCCUUCCUUUUAUCCAUUUCUCUCUUGACUUUUUUGUUUGUCCUUUGAAAGAAAGAAAAAAAAAAAAAAGCAUUAGCCUUUUUACACACAUCAAUCUCAGAGAAUGAGCUGCAAUGGAUGUAGAGUUCUCCGAAAAGGGUGCAGUGAUGACUGCGCUCUUAGACCUUGCCUUCAAUGGAUUAAAACCCCCGAAGCCCAAGGCAACGCCACUGUUUUUCUGGCCAAGUUUUACGGCCGGGCCGGGCUCGUCAACCUCGUCAAUGCCGGCCCUCAACACCUCCGCCACGAGAUAUUUCGGUCAUUGCUGUAUGAAGCAUGCGGGAGGAUCAUAAACCCUAUCUACGGCGCCGCGGGUUUGAUGUGGUCCGGGAACUGGGAACGUUGUCAAUCGGCGGUUGAAGCGGUUCUUGCAGGAAAACCAAUCAUGAAAGUCUCCGAGACCGAUGAUGACGUAGGCCAAGGCCACCCUAUCAUGCCACUCAAGGGUUGCGACAUACGUCAUCUUGGCAAAAACUCAAACGGGCUUAAUUCUAAUUUUUAUAAUAAUAACCUUAAUAAUAAUAAUAAUAAUAUUCAUCGGGUCAGGACCACAAGGAACCGGUUCAAGAGGUCGGGUUUCCGUGGGAAGUUCGGGCGGGUCGAUGAUUAUGCCCAGCUGACCCAUAUGGAUAUCAAGGAGCCAACUAAAUUUAGCAUCACAGGGUGGGAUUUCUCUCGGACUGAUGAUGAGGAGGAUUAUGAGUACCAUCAAGCGGCGGAGGAGGAGCUGAAAAGGGCACCCAGUCAUGAUUCGUUAUCGGUCGAAACCGUGGAGCCGAGUCUGGUGAACCCGGUCAUUGAACAGGAUCGGGUCGUGAAGACUGAGGUCCAGCUGGACUUGGGUGCUGCUGACGAGGAGGAUGCUGAUUUGGUGUUGGACCUGAGUCUAGGGUUUUAUCCGCUGCGGAGCUCUUAGGUGUCUAAUGGUGGAGCUUAGCUUUGAUGAAGACAUCUAAGCAGAGGGGAACCAGAUUUUUUUUUUGCGGCUUCUUGCUUUUCUGGCUGGUCUUUUAGAGCACUCACCAUAGUGAAAUUUUUCUUUUUUGGUUUUUAGUUUGAUGUCACAAGCUCUUUAGCUUUUGCAAUUUUUGCGAUCUUAGGUAAUGAGUGUGACAUGACUAGCCAUAAUAUGUAUAUUCUAGCAAAAUAGUUAGUGGUUGUUAAAUCACUGAACAUUUUAUAUUAUAAUAUAUAUAAAAAUGUUCUUAGCUAUAAUUAAUAGUAAUUUAUUAUUGUACUUCAUUGUACUACUACUUCAUAUGCUUUCCCUUUUAGUAGUACUCUUGGUUCUCCGUCUGUAUUAA